GUGUGCAUGCCUGGAGCAGUGUGGACAAGUACACGUCUGUAGAUUCCAUUGUAAUUGAUCGAUAAACUACACUGUUGCUCCAGAAUGAGCUCCCAGAUCACUUGUGUCGGAUGGGUCGGAAGAGGCGUUGCCAAGGAAACCCCGGACAAAGUUGAGUUGAGCCAAGAGGAGCUACAGCGCAUCAUUACUGAAGCCAAAGAGGAGCUUGGGGAACUAGCAGUUGAGGAUGAAGAAGAGGAGGAUGAAGGUAUUGCUUCUGAACAGAAUACAGCGGACAUUGCUGAAACUCCGAAGGAUGGGAAUGAAGAAGAAAAGGGGGAAGAUGAUGAACUUGCAGAGUACGGCCUGGAUAAAUAUGACGAAGAGGAUGCAGUGACGGCUAAUCUCGGCGACAGUCUGGCUGGGCUCACAGUGUUCAGCUCUAAUGAGGAGGAUCCUUACAUCACCAUCAAGGACACAGACCAGUACGAACGAGAAGACUUCCAGAUCAAACCCAGUGACAACCUCAUCCUGACAGGACGGGCAGACAAGGACUGCUGCAAUUUAGACAUUCAUGUUUAUAACUCCGAGGAGGAAUCGCUGUACGUUCAUCAUGAUAUUCUGCUGCCAGCUUAUCCGCUGUGUGUGGAGUGGCUAAACUUUGACCCCAACCCUGGAGAAGGAGCUGCUAACUAUGCAGCAGUGGGCAACAUGACCCCUCAGAUAGAUGUGUGGGACCUGGAUGUGGUGGACUGUUUAGAGCCAGUCUUCUCCCUGGGGAGCAAAAAGGCCUCAAAGAAGAAAAAGAAGAGCAAGAAGAAGGGGGCAGCAGCAGCAGAGCCUGUCGAGGGGCACACAGAUGCAGUGCUGGAUUUAUCCUGGAACAAACUGCUCAGAAAUGUGUUGGCCAGUGGAUCAGCAGAUGACACAGUGAUCUUGUGGGAUCUCGCUCAAGGCAAACCAGCCACCACUCUGCACAGGCACACAGAUAAGGUUCAGACUUUAUCAUUCCAUCCGUUUGAGGCACAGACUCUGAUAUCAGGAUCAUAUGACAAGACAGCCGUCCUGUACGACUGCCGCAGUCCUGACAACAGCUAUCGAACCUGGAGGUUUAGUGGUCAAGUGGAGCGUCUGGUCUGGAACCACUUUUCACCGUACAACUUCCUGGCCAGCACAGAGGAUGGAUUUGUCUACUGUCUGGACGCACGCUCAGAUAAACCUGUUUUCACGCUGAGGGCUCAUGAUGAAGAAGUGUCAGGUUUGGACCUGAGCAGUCAAAUUAAAGGAUGCCUGGUCACCGCAUCAGCUGACAAACACGUUAAGAUUUGGGACAUUUUGGGCAACAAACCCAACCUGGUGCACUCACGGGAUAUGAAAAUGGGUGUGCUGUUCUGUGCUUCAUGUUGCCCUGAUCUGCCCUUUGUCUACGCCUUUGGGGGACAGAAGGAUGGCCUGCGGGUGUGGGAUAUAAGUGAUGUUGCAGCAGUUACAGAGGUAUUUGGCAGCCGUGAGCGUCUGGUGGUGAACACGGGAUCACAGGCAUCCAGCACUGCAGCCACGGCAGAGAUGGACGUCUCCUAGUGACGCUCUGGAUACCAACCUAUAAACAUGAAUAAACCGAGCAUCCCUGGAAACGUAUCAAGCUGCUCCGCUUGUUGCUGUGAUCUUCUGUAGUGCAGCACUUUAUAGCGGAGAGGACUGGAAUAAAUGAAGCUGCAUUCAUGAAGGGUUUGAAAGGUUGGCCAGAAUGCAAACUGGACCGAAAACACCUGAAAAACUUGUUCAUCUUGUCUCUCAGCACAGAUUACAGUGGCUUUGUUCACACAAAGAUGUGUUAAAAAGACAAGAACGUCUUUGUUAUAUUCAUAUGAGUGAAUAUUUCCAUGAAUUACUUUUUUAUUUUCAUGGAGAAGUAGUGAUUCAAAUAUUUGAAUUGCUUUGUUUGAGACUUUGAGAUCUCUUUCAGUUUCCCCUUUACUAUACAUUUACAAAUGUAACAUGCUACUAAGCCUAUUUUCACAUGAAAAUGUGUCAUUUUCAUUGUGAUUUUACUUACCUGGGUUAUGGUAAAAUUUUGGAAAUUGAUAGACACUUUAAAAUGCUGUAUAUUCAAUAAAUGAACA